AAACAAACAAAACACGAUUGGUGAAUGGCUAAAUGCUACUUAUUGUUGUAGGCUAUAUGUACAAGAUAAUAUGAGAGAAUAAUAUUUUUUGUUGUUGCUGUCAUUACAAAUGGCUUCUCAAGUCCCUAUAACCGUGCGGGCUCAGCCGGCAGCCGCCAGCUUUAGCGCUCUGCGUGGGAAGAAGCGUUCCGGGAGUCCGGCGGUUUGUGGCGCCGCUUUACAGCUCAGUGUCAGCGGCGGCAAGAAGAAGAAAACCUCGCUGGCAGCGACCCCAGUAACACAGGUGGCAGCAGUCGACCUUGUGACUGAGGUGAAGGCGGUGGGAACAGUAGAUGCUGCUCCAGCCACAACAGAGACCACGGCGAAGCCUCCACCUUUUAAAGACUCCGCGUUUAUGCAUUCAGGGAUUGGUGGAGCAGCAGCAGGAAAAAAGAACAGGACGUGGAAGAAUCUCAAACAGAUUCUGGCUUUAGAACGAACUUUACCCUGGAAGAUCAAUGAUCCCAACUACUACAACAUUGAUGCCCCUCCAUCCUUGAAGCCAGCUAAAAAAUACUCUGACAUUUCAGGACUCCCUUCAAACUACACAGAUCCACAGACAAAGCUCCACUUCACAUCCUCUGAAGAGUUCUCCUACAUCCGCCUCCUCCCCACUGAUGUUGUCACUGGCUACCUGGCCCUUCGAAAGGCAACAUGCAUUGUGCCCUGACAGAUGAGCAAAGCUUUAAACCCAGAAACUGUUUUUCUGCAUAAACCUUACUGAACAUGUCGGGGUGGGAUGCACUCAGGUCAACCACAAGACUUUUGGGAGUGCCGAGAUGUAACUGGUGUGAACAUGAGUGAAAGGACAGCUGCUGGAAGUGAAAGACUGGCCCAUGAAAAUGCUUCCUGCUUUCAUUCAGAAGGCAAAAUGUGACUGAUGUUCCACAAAAAUGAUAUUAAAUGUAAUAUUUGUAUGCUUAUUUGCAUAUCCUGUCCAUAUUGCUAUUACAGGCAAGUCAACCAAUGCAAAUGCACCAAUGAUGUCAGUAAUAUUUCCAGGGGGGUGGGGGGUCAUGUUACAUUCAUGACGUGCUAAUAACCUUGGUAACAAUCAUGUGGGGGCACUUUUGUGGUUGAACUGUUUGGAAUAUUUUUGUGUAAUACAUUACAUAUUUUCCCAGAUCCAAAUGUGGUAGCAUGGUUAUGUCAACAACACAGCUGGGUGUUUUUAUUUCCAAAUACAGUAUAAUAUAAGGUACCGGAGAUGCUUCA